AUGGCUCCCAUCAAGAACCUCCUCCUUGCCCUUUUCGUCGCUGCCGAUCUCGCAGCAGUCUCAGCCCACAGCGUCAUUACCAAUGCCGUUGGUGAUGCUGGUGGCUCUGGCAUGGCACUUGGAGUCGAUACCUCUACUCCCAGAGACGGAACUCGAAGACGCCCUUUCCAGCAAGAUGCAACCCGCUUCCGAGGCAACUCCGCUGAUACUGUCGGCGAAACCUUGUCUAACGGCGAUAACGACAUCGAGCAGGGAACAUUGGAUAUCAUGGAAGAAACAGGAAGCGAGCUCCCUCAGGUCAACCCCGGUGGUAGCCUCGAGAUGACGGUUCAUCAAGUCAACUCAGACGGUGCUGGUCCAUACACUUGCAUGAUCAAUGCCGACGGCACCGGUACAUCUUGGGAAAACAUCCAGGUGACGACCAAUGUCGAGGGUAAUGAGCGAGGUCGCAACCGGGACGGCGAGAUGGGAGACUUCCCUCUCGUUGCUUCUAUUCCUGCCGGUCAAAACUGUACCGGAACAGUCGCAGGUGAGGACAACGUCUGUCUUGUCCGCUGCCAGAACCCUGCUCGUGCCGGCCCAUUCGGCGGUGUGGUUCCGGUCCAGAUGGCGGGAGCCAAUGGCAGCAAUGCUGGAAAUGCUACUGAGACUGGAAACACUGGAAACGCGGGCAAUGCUGGUAGCGGCAACGCCAAUGACAACACCAACGACACUACCAACGAUACUACUAACGACACCACUGAUGAUACCACCACCGGCGGUGCCAACGGCAACGCAAACAACAACAACAACAGCGGCAACGCCAAUGGUAAUGGCGAUGAUGAUGAGGAGGAUGAGGAUGAGACCGAUGUUGGCACUCGCAACAACCGCCGUGCCACCCGGUUCUCCGCCUAA